UUCUCUCUUUCUCUUGUCCAGUUCCAGUGGGUGCUCUGUGUGCAGGAAUCAGUGUUGGACAGUGUUGUGGCCAAGCUGAAGUUAAGAAUGACUGGGAUGAAGUGUGUUCCACUUGCCACUGAGACUGACAGGAAUCUUAUAGAUGCUGCAGUUCAGGAAGCCCAGCAGCAGGGGGCGACACUGAUGCAGUCAUGUCCACCUGCUUCUACUGGUGCUCUCUACCCCCCUACUGUACUUUGUGGACUGGCUCCUUCCUGCGAGUCUGUGAUUUCACCUCCUCCAGGCCCUGUGCUGCCUCUCAUAUCCUUCAGGAGCUCUGCUGAGGGAGUUACACUCGGAAACCACAGUCCUUAUGGUCAGGCGGCGUCCAUCUGGACUGAAGAUUUGACUCUGGCUUUGGAGUCUGCAAAGAGUCUGUGUGUAGGUUCAGUGUGGGUGAACUGUCAUUCUGUAAUGGAUCCUGCAUUGCCUCUGUGUGGACGGAGGGAGAGCGGGAACUGCACAGAUGGAGGCAGAGAGGGUCUGUAUCAGUUCCUUCGGCCGUCACAUUCACCCUCCUUCCCUCGCUCCAGUCCCAGCUCUAUCAACUAUGCUGAUUUAGGCUCUGCAGCUUCCAAAUUCAUGAUACCUGAAAGAUUUGAUCCUUCCAGGUGGGUGUGUUGUGGCUCAUAGUUUAAUGGUGAACUGCAAAGUGCAUAUAGGUUUUGUGUCAUAAAGUGAACAGACUAGUUACAGCUGGUAUAAACAUAAAUAUCAUCAAAAGUCUGUCUUGAGUAGUAUUUAGAUUGGGUUUAGAUUUU